UUCGCGGAGCAGAGCGACACUUUUUUUUUGCCAGAUUCAUUCAUUUUGUGUAAAAACGUAUCGAAUGAGCCUAAUUUCAUCGAUAUCGCACUAAGGCUUGAUCACAAUAUGGAAACUAAUAAUACGAAUCCAUCUGUUGAGAUACAAAUCCAGGAGACAUUAAUUUCCAUCCAUGGCGUUAGUCUGAAAAUAAAGAAAGAGCUGGAGGUGAUCAAGGAACUUACGAAGGAAAACGGACACCUGUGUACAGUAGUCAAUGCUGCAAAUCAAACAUUGUCCAAGAAAGUUCAAAAAAUAGGAGUGAACGUGGCAGAGAUUAUCCAUGAGAGCAAACGUGAUAACAGACUAGAAUCAGAUUUACUGGAUUCAAUCACAAAUGUCAGGGAGAAGUUGGAUCAAAUAAGUAAAUAA